AUGGACUUGAAAAUCCCCCGUCCAAGGAAGAGACAUCCAAGGACUGAAACACAGCGCAUCAAAUGGUGGAAUCUGAAGGAUCAAAAGGAGGCGGCAAUUCGUGAGAAGAAGUCCAAGUAUAAGCUCUGGUGGAGGACACGUCAGCCUGAAGAUCGGGAUGCUUACCUAGCGGCGAAGAGGGAGGCUAAGAAGGCAGUUUCCAAGGCGAAGUCGGACCGCUACAACGCUGUGUACGACAUGCUUGAUACCAGAGAAGGGGAGCGGGCAGUGUAUCGUUUGGUCAGAGCGCGACAUCGCUCAACGUUGGAUAUGGAACACACCAAGAUCGUUAAGGGAGCUGAUGGAGCCGUUCUGCGCCGCCCUGGUCAGAUCCUGGAGAGGUGGCGAGAGCACUACAACCACUUGUGUAACGAAGAGUUCUGUCAUCCUCCGAUCCCAACUGUUCCCAGCGUCGAGGGUCCUGUUCUACCAAUUACCGCCGUCGAAGUCAGUGCUGCCCUCGCAAAAAUGAAGUCGAACAAGGCAACCGGUCCUGAUGACAUACCUUCUGAUGUCUGGAAGCUGCCAGGAGAUCGAGGUUCCGCAACCCUAUUUAACAAGAUCGUUGCAGAAGGACGGACUCCAGACGUUUGGCAAACUUCCGUGACCGUGCCUGUCUGGAAAGGGAAAGGAGACAUUGCUGACUGCACUUCGUACAGGCCUACACGACUGCUGUGCCAUACGAUGAAGAUGCUAUCUGUCCGUAUCCUUCUGGAGAAACAUCGAGAGAAGAACCGCAGUGUGCAUCUUGCUUUUCUCUAUCUCGAGAAAGCUUUCGACCGUGUCCCACAUGAGCUGUUAUGGAUGUCCAUGAGGUCGCAUAGAGUACCAGAACAAUAUGUGCGGGGGACAAAGCUGCUUUAUGCGAAGAACGCCAGCGUUGUCCGAUGUGCUGCUGGAAUAAGCAGGCCAUUCCCUGUAGAAGUAGGGGUUCACCAGGGUUCAUCCCUCUCACCCCUACUGUUCAUACUGUGCAUGGACACAAUAACGAAGGAAAUCCAGAAGCAGCACCCGUGGACUCUACUCUUUGCCGAUGAUGUCAUGCUCGCGUCGGGGUCUCGAGGUGAUCUUCAGAAACAAGUACGGUCUUGGAAGGAUCGGCUGCAGAAAUAUGAAUUGCGCCUCAACACAUCAAAAACUGAGUACGUGGAGUGCGGACCAAGGAUAGAGGAUGGUUCAAUUCCUGUCGAUGGCACCGAAUUAAACAAGGUGAGCUGUUUCAAGUACCUUGGAUCCAAAGUGACUUCCACAGGCUACAUUGAUCAAGAAGGGGUACUGUGCGACGAGAAAGUCCCUGUUCGACUGAAGUCGAAGAUCUACAGGACGGUUGUGCGUCCUGUUGCCCUUUACGGAUGCGAGUGCUGGCCAACUACGAAAGCCUUGGAAAGAGUGCUGCACGCUAUGGAGAUGCGGAUGUUGAGGUGGACGAUAGGUGUAACGCUAAAAGAGAAAGUAUCCAACGACACUGUACGUUCCAUUUUCGGCGUCGUCCCGAUAACUGAGAAGAUGAAGGAGGCCCGACUGAGAUGGUUCGGUCACGUCUUGCAGCGAGAGGAAGAUUCUGUGGCCAAAACAGCACUGAAGCUCGACGUUUCAGGAGUGAAGCCCAAAGAUUCGCUGGUUAGACCGUGUGAAGCUGGAUAUGAUAGAUGCGCGUUUAUGUACGGCUGA